UGGUUCAUUAGUGUUGGGAUCAGAGCAGGAAGGACAUGUGAGAGAGUCACAGUUCUCCAGUGAACAGGGCAAGAUCUAACAAUUUCAACUCCGUGUCGAUUACUCUCGCAUCUCCAUUUUAAGAGUGAUCUUAUUUUUCGCAACGCGACUUUUUGGAGGAGAACAGGGCAGCUCCCGAUCCGCUUCUAAAACGCCAAUGCAGUCCCACUGACUGAUAUUAUUGCGGGACUUCGUGGAAGCAUCAUCGCCGGGAGAAUUUAAAGCAACUCCUUCUAUUUUUUGGUCACCGAGAAGCGUCUGUAAAGUAACCUCCUUUUUAUUCCUGGCACCGCAGUCGACUCUACUCCUGCGCUUCUUACGAUUUCAAGACCACCAAGAAUUUAUUCAUACGGAUUCGUACUUCUUUUAUAGGAGGAAACAUUACAGCGUAUAAUAAUUUCACCUCGAUUUUUGGAUGCACCGAUGAGAGAUCCAGUUUUCACAGGGACUGCCAUGGCUUAUCACCCCUUCCACGCUCACCGGCCGGCCGACUUCCCCAUGUCAGCCUUCCUAGCAGCCGCUCAGCCUUCUUUCUUCCCGACGCUGACGCUACCUCCCGGCGCUCUCACCAAACCAAUCGCGGACCAUGCUCUCAGCGGAGCUGCGGAAGCAGGGCUGCACGCGGCUUUGGGUCAUCACCACCAGGCGGCUCAUCUUCGUACCCUCAAGAGCCUGGAGCCGGAGGAAGAGGUGGAAGACGACCCAAAAGUCACCCUUGAAGCCAAGGAACUGUGGGACCAGUUUCACAAAAUAGGAACCGAAAUGGUCAUUACCAAAUCUGGGAGGAGAAUGUUUCCUCCUUUUAAAGUUCGGGUGAACGGUCUUGAUAAAAAAGCCAAGUAUAUCUUACUGAUGGAUAUAGUCGCCGCUGACGACUGCCGCUACAAGUUCCAUAAUUCUCGUUGGAUGGUCGCGGGGAAAGCUGACCCAGAGAUGCCUAAGCGAAUGUACAUCCACCCGGAUAGCCCGGCCACGGGAGAACAGUGGAUGGCGAAGCCUGUUGCUUUUCAUAAACUCAAGCUGACGAACAACAUCUCGGACAAGCAUGGAUUUACUAUUUUGAAUUCUAUGCAUAAAUAUCAGCCCAGAUUUCACAUUGUGAGGGCCAACGACAUUCUGAAGCUCCCCUACAGCACUUUCCGGACUUACGUGUUCCCGGAGACGGACUUUAUUGCCGUCACUGCCUAUCAGAACGACAAGAUCACUCAGCUGAAAAUUGAUAACAACCCUUUUGCAAAGGGGUUCAGAGACACGGGAAAUGGAAGAAGAGAAAAGAGUUCUCUCUUCAGGAAGCAGCUAACCUUGCCAUCUCUGCGCAUGUAUGAGGAUCAGUGCAAGGUGGAUAGAGACGGCGGCGAUUCUGACGCCUCUUCUUGCGAACCAACGAUUGGAAGAGACUCUGUGCACUCACCGCUCGGACCCGUAACCAGCCCACUGAGGUUCAACCGAGCCAGCCGAGAAGAGAAGGUCUGCAACGACAGCGACCAAGAACCUGAUCCGCACGAGGAGCGCUCUGUUGGAGUGAGCAGCCCUGGUCCCGAGCCUCCAUCUCCCUUCAGCCCGAGAUGCGAGGACAGGGUGAAAGACAGGCCUAGCCCCGAUAAAAAAGGCGACUACCCGAAUUCGAAGAAAGACAACGACUCCAUAUUCAGUAUCAGAAAUCUGGAAAAGGACAAGUCGGAAAGCAGGCACAGGAAAGAGACCGAAUCUUCUAAGACAGACACAGACUGUGGAGGCCUUAGCGGGAGCAAAGAUGGGUUCUCCCCAUUGAUGGUGCAGACGGAGAGCCCCUCGCACUUCAGCGCGGGACACCUGCAAAGCUUAGCCCUCUCUGGGCUGCACAGUCAGCAGUUUUUUAACCCGCUGAACGCCGGACAACCUCUGUUUAUCCACCCGGGACAAUUUGCUAUGGCUCCUGGUGCUUUCUCAACCAUGGGUAUGGGACAUUUACUGGCCUCAGUUUCCGGAGCCAGCGGUCUGGAGAACGGUAGCCUGUCUGCCCAGAGCACGGGCACCCCGAGCCCCUUCCCAUUCCACCUGUCACAGCACAUGCUCGCCUCCCAGGGCAUUCCAAUGCCGACCUUCGGGGGACUUUUCCCGUAUCCGUACACCUACAUGGCUGCUGCUGCCGCAGCUGCCUCUGCUCUCCCCACCAGCAGCGCUGCGACUUCACUCUCCAGAAAUCCCUUCCUCAGCAGCUCCCGACCGCGGCUGCGAUUCAACCCAUACCAGAUCCCCGUGUCUAUCCCUCAAAGCACAAACCUGCUCACCACCGGACUGCCGAGCAGUCUCGCCCCCGGAUCCGAGUCAUCGAAAUCGGGCAGCAGGGAGACGAGCCCCGCUCCUGAGCCUCACAACCACAAAGCAGGGUCCAGCCAGAGAACCGGUUCCCCCAAAACAUCGCUGAAAGAAUCAAUCAACGAACUCCAGAACAUACAAAGACUGGUCAGUGGGCUCGAGAGUCAGAGGGAGACCUCCCCAGCUAAUGAUUCCCCAAAGUGACCGACGGCGUCCUAAAAUUCCAUCCAUUUACUUGGUUUUAAAUGUUCAAAUCUUUGUAAGAACUGUUUUGUACAGCACGCGGCAGAAUAUAACACGCUAGGAUGGAGGAGUGUUUGACCUGAAUCGCUGGCAUCACCAUAGAUGGGGUUACGCUCCCAAAAAGGUUUUAAAAGGCAUUCAUUGUUAUUCAAAUGGACAACGAAAAGACAUAUUGCGCUUGUAAUAGCCUAACCAAUGCGUUCUUGUGGCUAAACCUGAACAUAUAAGCAAUGUUGUGACGACUUCAAGGACGCCUGCGAAACUCAAACGUAAUGAAAAGUGAAUUGAUAACAGAAUCAAUUUCCACGUAUAUUUCCGGGAGCUAAUGGCAGACUGUGGAACCUGACACAAAGAUCACUCGAAUUGGAAAACAGUGAAGGAAUCAGCUUUGUUCAAAAGAAAAGCACUGAAUAUGUCAAAAAAUGGGAGUCAAAUUGGCCCACGAAGGAAGCAGAAACAAAGAUCAGCAUAAAGUGGAAGCGGUUGGCAGAUAAAAUGAAAGCUACAUCCAAAAAUAAAUACAUUUCAAAAGGGAUGGAGAGCGAAACGUUCCGUCAUGAAAACUGGUCUCUGAAACAUUUGUGGAUGAUCGAUCGCUUGUAAUAUCUGACGGACAGUUGUAUUUGAAUUAUUUAUGUAAUUAAAAGAAAAGUAAUUCUGUAAAUAAGGUAUAAGGAUCCAAGAAUAUGCAAAUUGGUAUUAAUUUAUUCAAAGCUGUACAUUGGCGUGUACAUACUACUUAGAUUUUAACACGUUGCAUUUAUUUUCCCUUUUUGUUUUUGAUUUUACAUGAACGUAUAUUGUAAAUGAAAUCCAUUUAGCGCUUGUUGGUUUGAAACAGAAGGUGUCUCUAUAUCUGUGAUGCAUUGCUAUUUGUCCUGCCUGUGACGCGUGAAGGAAGCGUGUGCCAUUGUUGCAUAACUGUUCAUUCGCCGAAAACACUCACCACAAUUAUGAAAGCUCCCAUCUGACCACCUGAUAAUAUACAGCUACACACAACGGCAGGAAUCCCUCAGGUUUUAUCACUCCAGCAGAGAAGAGAUUUGCUACGUUCCUCCUCAAAGAGUAAUGUGGGCGCUAGAUUUAAACGUAUCUCAUUUAUGCUGGUUAUUCGGGUAAAUUCAAAUGUUUUUUGUUGAA